UUAUUUUUUAAAAGUAAAAUUUCAAACCACAUGCAACAAAAAUUAAUUAGAAUGAGUGAUUUACAAAAUCUUGAUCGUGCUUUUAAGAAAAUCGAAGAAUAUCAUAAGAAUCCAUCUGACAUAGAUGACGAUCUGAAAAAUGAAUUUCUCUUGGAAUUGAGAAAGUUUGAGAACAGUAGCAAUGUGGAAGAAAAGUUUUUAGAAGCAUUAACUACCCAAGAAGACUCCGACGAUGAAGAAAUUACAGGCAAACAUGAGUCAGGGCGUGGAAGUCACAACUUCAAGCUAUUUGUAAAUUGUUUCAAGUUGUUUAGAGGUAGCAUCGAGUAUUCAUAUCGUCCCCCACCUCAAGCAAUUGCUGCUGAAAGUGUCAAGCAAAUUUCAAACAAAGAACAACCAUCCAAAGAUGACUCAGCGCAAAACAGUUCUAAGGAUGUUUCUAAGCAGAUGGAAAAGAAGUAG